AUGUCGCGCCGGCGCACGCGGCAGAAAGGUAUCGGUAGGAUGCCGGGGGUGAGUUUCGAAGCGCUGUGGGCAUUGGGGCAAGGAGUCGGAUCUGUGAACAAGCUUGUGCGCCGUACUGUAAAUGACAGCAACGGCGACCCCGUUGAGACCCAUCGUUCCAUCAUGUUGGGGAAACUCGCUACGCAAUUGGCCCAGCAGCGUCUAAUGUUUGUGGAAAAACCCGCGACGGACGACGCGUCGCGACGACCCCGAAGCCACCGUGACACGCGGUCUCUGGGCAAACACGCGGCCGUCAAACAGCGCAUGAAGGCGCAACAACAAAAGCAAGGACAGACACCAUCACCGUCCCAAAAGCGUUUUCGAACGGUGCUUAGCAUUGAAACGGCCGACGCGACCGCGUCGCCCUCCUUGGCGGAACCCGAGCCGCACACGGAACCCUUGCGGGUCGCCGUGACCGUGGACGAAGACGACAAUCAAGGAGCGGCUUUGCCGACGUCUACCCCCGUUUUGGGUAAUAGUGCACCCUCCGACUUGUUCCGGGACGUGGAAGCGGCGCUGCACACCGACUGCGAUAUUCACGUCUCGCUCGACGACGAACCAGAGGUCGCAUCGCAGACUCGGGAUGGAUCCUACUGGGCCAUGUUUGGGGAUACUCCGGAACGGUGGACCGGUAUUGAUAUGACCGAAGAAGUCGCCAUGAGUCUACUAGACACGUCCCUGAUUAGUGUCUCGACAAAAGAGCCGGAGGAGGACGACUACGACGGCAAAGAUAGUCACGGUGACGACGCCCCAGCCACGGUCAACAAGACAAUUACCGCUGCCACGGACACGACGCCUUUGCAUUUUUGGAAAACCUGGCGAUCGCAGCCAGUGACUCCCGCAUUGGUCCGGAUUCAGUCGCCGUCGUUCACUGCUGAAGGGGCUACGCCCGACGACCCCGAACGGCAUUUCCGCAACGUAGACAGCGAACAACCUCUGUACGCUGCCGAUCGGGUAGCCUUUACCACCUUUCGGCAAAAUUCCACACAGAUUGCCUUGCAGGAAAGCAAGACCUAUCUCGAUCGGAUCGCACAAUUGGAAGAGGCCUUGGCCAACGCCGAGUACGAACGGGAUUGUGAAACGCAGCGGCGCAUAGAAGCGGAAUCUACCGUGUCGGUGCUGCAGUCGCCGUCGUCGUCGGUUCCCAACCACCCGGCACCAACCCCCAAGGCAAUGCUCCAUCCUCCGGUCCCAUCCACUCCGUCAUCCCUCCCGGAUGUGGAGUCUCUCUGGGAACGCAACAAAACACUCGUCAAGGAAGUACGCUUUGCCGAUCAAACGUGUAUGGAAUUGUCUUCCGAGAAGACGGCCUUGGAACAGAGGAUCGAGCACUUGAGCGAGAACAUUACACGGUUGGAUCAAGAAAACACAUUGUUGCGCGAGCAACUCGGACGGGCCGAAGAGACGGUACGGCAGGUCAAGACCGACACCGAAACCGACAAUGCCGCCUCUCCCUCAGACAAGGAUCGUACACGACGGGCCUUGGAAGAGUUCCCUCGUCCAAUCGAUCGUAAGGAAGGAAUGGGCCCGUCCCUUGGCGAGCACAUCGCGAAUAUGGCUUCCCGAGAACCGUCCACGAUGGAGAACCCGUCCGAUCGGUGUCACACUGCCCAGUCGGAGAAUCCAUCGCUACGGGAACGGUUGGAGGUCACCUUGGAAGAGCGAACGGCGGCGCUUCGCCAAUGCGAAAGUUUAUCAGCCCGUGUCUCGGAAUUGGAGGCAUUGGAAGGCCGUCACCACAGAGAUUUGGAAACGACAGCGGCCCGGUACGAUGAUCUCUUCCGACAGCUUGAAGAGGCUCACCAGAAGUUGACUGUGGCCAACCAAACGAUAGUCGAGGGUGACGAGUGUCGGGAAUUGCUGCAACGCCGAUUGACGAGUGACGCCCAACGGACUGACGAACUAGAGCAGUCGCGCUUGUUAUUGCAAAAAGCCAACGACGACGUGGCUCUUUGGAGGACCAAGUUUGCAGACGGCGAGGGGGAAAUUCGCUGUUUAGAGGGUCGCAUUCGGGAGCUCACCUCCAGCGGUCACGACAGCUCAAGGGCUGCCGGCCUGCUUCGAAAGGAAUUGGGAAAGGUUGCGGAGGAAAAACGCGAGCUGUUGGUCGAGCUGGAGGCGGCCAACGAGAAACUCGCUGUAUGUGAGACCAAAUUGGAACAGUUCGAAAAGGAUGGGCAGGAACUCGAGGCAACGCGAAGUGAGCUUGAUGCCCUCCGUAACGAAGAGACGUUACGAAACGAGCAACACACUGAACGGGAACGUCAAUUCUCAUCAAAACUCGCCGAUACCCUCUCGCGGAUCGAGACUUUAGAGCUAGACGCUGCAUCUGCGAUUAAACAAAAAGACGAACAAUCGCAAGAGCUCGAUGCGGCACUUGGGCAACUCGAUUGUUUAAGAAGAGAAAUUGACGAUCUAAAGGAAGCACGCUUGAGUGAUGAAAACUUGUUCCAGCAGAAGCUGAGUCGCGCUAGCUGUGAUUUGGAAGUAGCCCACACAGAUAUUGCCGUUGCCCGAGACGCAUGGCGCCAGAAGGAAAGCGAACUGUUAUGGGCGGUACAGAAGGUAGUUGCCCAGACCGAGAGCCAGGCCACUAUCUUGGAAGAGAGACUUGUCAACCGUCACGGAGAACUCGUAGCUCGAAUGGGUCAGGCAGUGGAGGCAGUCUCGUACGUGAGAGAAUCAAUCAUUUUUGGAGACAGUACUACUGCUGUCGAUACUGUGAGUGCUGCCCAUGGGCUGGCGGAAUCGGCACCCGCGACACCACUUCCUAGUGACGGUGCUUUAGAUGCAACAUUCGAUAAUCCCGGAGGCGCAUCGACAGAUCUAGAGUUAAUGGAAGAAGCUAGGCCUCAUGGUUUCGCCGAGUCGUAUGGCGUCCACGAGACCGAAUUCGAUUUUACCGUGUCACUACCGCUAGACACCGACACGAUGUCUAGCAUUGCCGGUAUUUCUCAUUUGUUUUCUUUAUCGCCGGUUUCUAUCGAUCAAUCCCCCAUGGAGAAUACCCACAAUACCACAACUUUACUGCGCCCGCGAGGCAAGGAACUCCAGAGCCCGAGGCGACGGAUCAACGAAUUGAUUUGCCGUACCUCGGAACUGGAAGAACAGAAAGAGAUUGCACUGCAGGACGUCAUCGUCUUACAGCAACGGGUGGAAGAACUCGAAUCGGAGCUCCAUGCAAUGGCCAAGGAUCUCUCACUAGCAUGCAAAGAGAGAAACGCCGUAGCAAAAAUCAGCAAUUUUCACAAUGGCUGCAUAGAAGCAACCCUGAAAGAAAACGACACAAACCUUUGUCAAGUAGAGAAGACCGACUCUGAUACCACUGCAUCGGCAGUUUCAAUCCAUGUCAACGAGGUCAUAGAAAGCAUUUUCUCUCGCAAAGGAGAGACCUUUAUCUCCGAGUCUGAAGUCGCCGACAAGGUUUCCCGAAGCGAAAGAGACAUCGAGGGACUUGGAUUGGACCGAAGCAUUUUGGAUCAGCGCCUAACGACAACCAAUGACAAGAAAGGAGAGAUAGCGGUUGCAUUGGUGGCUGACAACGAACAGAUCGACGAUAAUACCUCUGAGAUUGUGUCGUUGAGAUUGCAUUGUGGAUCUCUUUCGAGUGAUACGGACAAAGUGGUGGUGCUUCGGAGAUUGGAAGACUUGGAAGCCAAACGUGACAGUAUGCGGGAUUCAUUUUCCAGCAUCCAAGAUUUACCUAAAAGGAACGAGAGGAAAUUUUUUGAAUCCAGGUUUGAGUCAAUGACGAAUGAUUGUGCGAAGGCUAAGGAGAGAAUCGAAGAGCUUGAAGCACUGCUAGGGGAAAAGACAAAGCAAUGCCAAGAGCUCGAGGCUCACAUUGCUACAAUUCAAGAAUCGUAUGCGGAUGCCAAAGUAGAAAAGCAAAUCAUUCAAGAGUCGAUGGAAAUAAGUCUGUCUCAAAAGAUAGCCGAGUCGCAGCAGGCAGCCCAGAUACGACUAUCUGCAUCGGAAGAACAGCUUGCCAUCGCUCGAGAUGAAAUCGCUUUGCUUCAUUCGCUUCACAAAUCGGUCACAUCAGAGAAAAAGGAAAGUGCCACUAAGAUUGCAAGUCUGCAGGAGGCUUCCAGCAAGCAACUGACCGAAUUGAAGAAGGCGAAUGAAUCUUUAGACAUAAUUGGCCAAGAACGAGAUGACUUGUUGAAGAGCUUGUCGAAGCUUCAGUUCGAAAAUGCCGACGCCAACAGCGAAAUGGAAAAACACCAGGAAGCCCUCUUCGAGACUCAAGAAAGCCUUACCGAGUGCCAGCUGAAAUUAUCCGUCCUAGAUGCCAUCACCACCGAAAGAGACUCCUUGCUCAACAAAAUUACUGAGCUUGAGCUGGAAUGCACUGGGCUGAAAACUACUAUGACUGAAAGUUCGGCUACCGAACGCAAGUCUUUGGAACACACGCUCUCGUCACUAGAAGAAAUUCAGGUCGAAAGAAAAUCUCUUCUGGAAAAUUUGGAUUCCGCGAAAAUCGAAAAUGGACUCGUCAGGAAACAGCUAGAUUCUAUGAAGGCUGAGCUUGAAGACGACAAGCGAACGAGCGCUAAACUUCGCGAAUUGUACGAGCAGCAAGUUGAAGCCAACGCUGAAUUGCGAAGGGAAGUCUUCCACUGCAAAGGUCUCGUGGACGAUUCUGAUUUUGCAAUGCAGGAUCUCAAAGAGAAAUACCUCGAGUGCAAUGAGAAGCUUGCGAAUUUUUGUUUUUUACACAAUUCUAAUGAAGAAUCCAAGCUGAUGUAUGAUCGUGCUCGUGAAUCCGCUGAAGGGCUUGCAAUCGAAAGCCAAAGGCAUCUCGCAAAAGCCCGGGAAGACCUGGAAACAGCACUUUCCGAAAAUGGCAAAAUGCAAGCAGAGUAUGAAAAAUCCCAAGAGGUCCUCUCCGAUGUCCGACGAGAGCUAGCAGAGCGAAAGGAAGCUAUCAAGGAUUUAGAAGUGUCGCGAGAAGCAGCUAUUAUGGGGCUUGCUGAAUACAAAGAACAACUCAAUUCGCUGGAAAUUUCUCUCGAUAAACGGACGCAGACUGUGAAUCAGCUCCAAGCCGACGUUAAGGAACGUGACGACGCUCUUUCGAAGUUGGACCAACAUAAUGCUGAAAUCAACGUGUGGGAGAAACGCAUACAGGAGUCAAACGAUGCUCUUUCCAGACUGCAGGAUCAGCUUGACGAAAGCACGGCAUCCCUGCGUACUAUGACUAACGAAUUCAAAAUGGCAUCGACGCGAAGCGAUCAUUUAGAACUAAAGUGUUCCCGUCUUCGAGACUACAUUCGGAAGGUGACUGGCAAGUGUGACCAGUGGGAAGACUUUUACGAUCGACAGGCUGAGGUUGUGGAGGGCCUGAAGCGUGCCAAUGAGCGGACUCGUCAAAAGACUGCUGAGCUCGCUCGUCGGUACCAGGAACGAGACCAAAUUCAUGACAAAGAGCGUGCCGUUUGGACAGCGCAGAAGUGCAAUCUGGACUUUAUACAUUCGCAGCUAGAAGAAGAGUUGCAUGGGAUCGCCAACGAGCUAGCGCAUGUCGAAAGCCGGCCACCCAGUUCCGCUGUUUAA